AUGACAUUAAAUUUUUUUGAAGUGUACAAAGUAAAAUUGGCAACGUCGCGUUCAAUCGUUGAAGACAGAGGGGGGUUUAUAAAAUCAUGCAAAUAUCGCUGUAAAGAAUUCCUGCGAAGCCGGUGGACGAAUCAUCCAUUUUAAACCACCAAAAUUCUAUUCGAAAAUGGAUAUUUGGAUUACCCGCUUUUAAUGAUAUCUCACGUGUGACUUUGUAAACUGUUUAUAACAUAACCUAAAAGUUCAAAAAUGACCGAAAAGUUUCCAACCGAUUGGGAUAUCGACCAAUAUUACGACGAAAUGGAACCAGAAGAACAUUGGGAAUUGCGCAAAGCGUUCAUGGAAGUCCAUAAGGAUAAAUUUCCUGAAGAUUAUUUGGUGGCUUUAGCGACGACGUUUACUAAUAUUGAAUUAUUAGGAUGCAUAUAUCCCGCCCCUUUAAUGUUGAGGAUAGAAGAAUUAUCAAAAGAUGUUGGUUCUUAUUUAAAAAAAUAUCGGGAGCUGAAAAAGACAAAACUCCAACGUACUUUUCAAUCAGCAUCAAGUGCUGCUGAAAAAAAAGUUGCUGGAAAAAGACACUCAGAUCCUGAACGUUAUCACAAAACUAAUAAAAUGCAUUAAUUAUU